CGUAUAUCCGAGUCCUGGGGAACAAUUGCCGGGGGAUCGCUCGGCCGGCACCGGAGCGUUUCCGAGUCGCCGGUAGGCCUUUAUCGGCCGGUCCAUUCUCGUCCGCGAUGAUAGUCAGCGAGUCAGCAUCUUGCUUUUCCCCCUACGCUCGGAAAUUGAGAUGUGAUCUCCAUUAGUUUCUGCUUCGGCAGGAUGUUUUUGUACUUUUGGUUAGAUUAAUCUCUCGUUUUGAUCUUUCCUUCCCCUACGCGACAGUUGCCCUAUUGGUGUUUGCAUGACGUCUCAUUAGCGUCGCAUUCCGUUGAGGUUUUAUCGUUGACUCAUAUUUGAUAUUUUCGAGUCUACUGUCGUUCUGCACCAUUGAAGAUUAUGCCGGGAAAUGCGAUCUCCCCUGAUGGAGCUCUCUCCAUGCAGGCUGUCACUGAGCGGCCAACAUCCACUUGGAAUACCAGCCGAUUAGGUUCGCGACUGGGCGUGGAUAUCGCCAGUGCUGCCACAGCAGGAGCUUUGACGUGUCCCGUCAUUACUGUUAUCGAUCGUGCGAUCAUCGAGAAAGCGUCCAAAGGCAUUCCCAUUCGACAGACGAUCACAUCAUGUUUCGGGUCUAUGAUUCGUCAUCCAACGGGCUUCUUCCUCAGUACACCGUUUCUCCUUAUAUAUACCCUCUAUACAUCGACAUAUUUAACUGCCAAUGCCAUUGACACGAUCUCGUCGACCAUGCGCAACCAACCGUUCUCCUCCGUAUUUGCCGGAACGGCUAAGUUCCUCGCCACGACAACGGUGAACAUGGGAAUCUGCGUAUACAAGGAUGCCAGGUUCGCACGGAUAUUUGGCGCACAGUCUAAGCCUACACCAUCACCCUCAUCGACACCUGCGCGCACGACAUCUGCCCCGGCCUCCUGUCACCCAUCUGGUGCUGCCACAGUACCCAAAGUCUCAUAUGCCCUCUUCUGUCUGCGCGAUAGCAUCACCAUCUUCGCUUCUUUCAACGUCCCUACGCUAAUAGCGCCGUCGAUCCCCGAUUAUAUUGCAUCUACACCCGGGAUGAAGGCAGCGAUAGCUCAAUUCUCCUGUCCUGCCCUCAUGCAAUUCGCUAGUACACCGAUGCACUUGCUCGGUCUGGAUCUGUAUAACCGGCAACCGCCGGGCGGAUUGGGAUGGCGCGAGCGGGUAUCGCGUAUUCGUCGGGAUUAUAUUCCCAGCUGUUUUGCUCGGAUGGGGAAGAUCGUACCCGCGUAUGGUGUGGGAGGUGUGGCUAAUGUGCGGUUGAGAUCUGCUAUGAUGCAAUAUCUCGAGCGGACGGAGAAGUGAUCGCUCUCCCUGCUCCCUGUUCUCAGCCCUUUU